AUGAAGAAGAGAGAUGGUGCAAGGCUGGACAGACUGGUGAGGAGAGCUGGCUCUGUGGUGGGCAUGGAGCUGUACUCCCUCAUAUCAGUAGCAGAAAGAAGGACCCGAAACAAACUGCUGGACAUCAUGGACAACACUCAUCACCCCCUGCAUAGUACACUGACCAGGCAGAGGAGCACAUUCAGUGGCAGCCUGAUUUCUCAGUCCUGCUCCACAGACAGAGCGAGGAGGUCAUUUAUCCCCAAGGCCAUACGACUGAGUCUGAUGUCAUGGGAGGAGUUUGCGUGGUUGGGAUCCACAAAACUUUUGCGUGUGCUCGCUCUCGACGCCACGCCUCUGUGCGUUUUCCUCCGCGCGUUAAUUCCACACGAAAACUCAUACUUGGCAUUCCGCCGUUUUUUCUCCCCCCUGUCACAAACACGAUCAUCUUUUGUUGUCGCCGGUGAAUCGCGGAGGCUUCUGCGGUGGGAACGACCCGCCGAGGAGGUCGCUGUGUGUCCGGAGGAGCGGGGCAGGGGAGCCGUUGUGAGGUGUGUUGUGGCCGGAGCCGUCAUCAUUGCGUCGGAGUGGAGUUGCCGUGGCAGCCCUGACGGGGCGCAGGAGGAGGGUGCCGAUGGAGAGGGACUGGCUGAUGGGGCAGACCGUGCAUUGGACGGCGACCCUGAGGGAGUAUGGAGUCCAGACAUCGAGCAGAGCUUUCAGGAAGCUCUGGCCAUCUACCCUCCCUGUGGCAGGAGGAAGAUCAUACUGUCAGACGAGGGGAAGAUGUAUGGUCGAAAUGAGCUGAUAGCUCGUUAUAUUAAGCUACGAACAGGGAAGACACGCACACGCAAACAGGUGUCUAGUCACAUUCAGGUUCUGGCACGCAAGAGGGUACGAGAAUACCAGGCGAGCAUCAAGGCCAUGAACUUGGACCAGGUUUCCAAAGACAAGGCUCUGCAGACAGUAGCCAACCUCUCAUCAGCUCAGAUUGUGUCUGCGAGUGUAAUGAAACCCCAGACUCCCUUUCCUCCACCAGUCAGAUUUUGGCCCGGCCCUAUGCCAGGACAGCCUGGACAUUCUCAGGACAUUAAGCCCUUUGCACAGCCACCAUACACUACAAUACCAGCCCCUGUCCCAGCUCCAAUCAGUUAUGAGCCCCUACCGCCCCAUCGCCCUGCAGCUAUAGCGGCGCCUGUAUGGCAAGACAGAACCAUCGCCUCUGCAAAACUACGGCUACUGGAGUUCUCUGCUUUUAUGGAGACGCAGAGAGACAGAGAGGCGUAUAAACACCUUUUCGUGCACAUUGGCCCAUCGAACCCGAGCUACAACGACCCUGUUUUGGAGUCCAUAGACGUGAGGCAGAUUUAUGACAAGUUCUCUGAGAAGAAGGGCGGCCUAAAGGAGCUGUUUGAAAAAGGGCCGCACAAUGCCUUCUUCCUCGUCAAGUUCUGGGCGGAUCUGAGCAGUGACGUUGAGGAGGGUUCCAGUGCUUUCUAUGGUGUGAGCAGUCAGUACAGCGGAACAGAUAACAUCACUAUCAGCGUCUCGACAAAGGUCUGCUCCUUUGGUAAACAGGUGGUGGAGAAGGUUGAGACGGAAUAUGCACAUCUGGAAGGAGGAAAGUACGUGUUCCGCAUCCAUCGGUCGCCCAUGUGUGAAUACAUGAUCAACUUCAUCCAUAAACUCAAACACCUGCCGGAGAAAUACAUGAUGAACAGUGUACUGGAGAACUUCACCAUCCUACAGGUGGUGUCCAACAGAGAAACACAGGAGACUCUGCUGUGCAUCGCCUUUGUGUUUGAAGUGUCCACCAGUGAACAUGGAGCGCAGUACCAUGUUUAUAGACUAGUUAACGACUAGCAGCACGUCUCGUGCAUGCAGAGACUCUCCACAGACUUUUUAAUUACAUAGAGUAUAAACACUAUUUCCAGCUCAAACACACAGAAACCCCACUCCUCUACUCUAAACACAGACCAACAGUCCCACUGUAGUCACACCUGUUGUUCAAUGUAAAUGUAUUUCCAUCUCUCUUCAGUAUCCCAUGACUUAAAGGUCCCAUAUUGUAGCAAGUGACAUUUUCAUGAUAGUUUUUAUUAUGAAGCUGGUUGGAGUGCUGUCUAAAUACUGUGAAAGUAUCAAAGCACUCAGGUCAUGGAGAAAUGUGCACAGCCUGUGUUCUGAAACUGCCUUAGAGUAAGCCGUCAGGACUCCUGUAACUUUAUGAUGUCACAACGACAUAAACCACUCCUCUCAGCCUCGCCCCCAGCACAGCCCACCUGGGCCAGCCAGCCAGACUGUCUAGUCUGGUUUAGACGGCUUGUUCGGUUCAUUUACAUUUUUACCUGUGAGUCUUACCAAGCGUUAGCAAUAGGCUGCAAAGACCAUCUGUGAGUCACCGAGCUGUUGUUGGUGCUCCAGAGGGGAGCGGGGGAGAAGAGAUUUUAAACUACAUUAAGACGGUUUCUGAUAUAUCUUCUUAUGGAAAUCAUAACUAAAAGUAUUGCGUAAGUAUAACAUAUGGGACCUUUCAAUCAAUUGAUUAUUUGUGGAUUUCAAAACAAAAUGUUUUCUUUAUCAUGAAGCAUUUUAUUGUUAUCCAGUGUAAUUAUUUAAUCACAGAAACCUCUGUGCAACGUCAGGUUCAAAAUAUCAGUUUUAAUGGCAAAUUUAAGUCACUAAAAACAGAAACUAAUAUGGCACUCCGUAGAGUGUAUACCGCCACCACGGUCAAAUAGUCCUAUGUCUAAAUAUGACGUAGUCUGGUCAUCUGCACCAGAAUGUACUGAUUUCGUGGCCUGUCCUCCAUCCCUCCACCAAGAUCUGUGCAAAUUGGUUCAAGGCUUUUAAUGGAAUCCUGCUAACAAAUAAACACACACCUUCAAACACUAGAAUGACACUCAGUAGAAUGCUGCUAAAGCUCAUUAAUCCUCUUAAAUUCAAUCAAGCCGCAUAGAUAUCAGUUCUCUAAAUGUGUCCGAUUUUAUUUCAUCAAGAUCCAUUCAUUAUUCCCUCGGAUCGCUAUGAAAAGAAUAACUAAAAAACCAUCUCCAGCCAAUUUUCAUGGAAGUCAGUUUAGUAGUUUGUUGCCUAAUCCUGCUGACGGACAGGGGUGACAACAUAACCUCCUUGAUGGAGGCGCAGAAAGAAACCAGCAAACUAUAUAAAAUCAAGUUUAAUAUGGGAUAUCCUGAAAUCGUAUACAAUCAGUAUGUACCUGUGACAUUUUUCAUGCACAUGCAUUUACGUCAUGGGUGUGACAGAUGUGAGACCAGUUUGAAUAUAGGUUGUGCAAAUCAUGUAGCCAGUGUUAAUGUAAACUAUGCCACAGUGACUUUCUUCUACUGUUCAUAUCGUCUCUGUACAGUAGGAAAUGAUCGAGCCUAUAACGGUGCGUCUUCUAUCACUGCUUAUAGUGGAGUCGUGAUCUUCAGUUUGUAUAAUCAACGGGUCACAUGACGCAAAGUAAGAGUGUGCCUCUUAGAAUAUAAUGCACUACACGAGUCGUAUUUAUAUUAAAACACAGUGUCGGAGCGUGAAGAGGGCGUUUUAAAAGGUUUCCAGUGGUACUCGGUGUGGAGGGCAAGAUUGUGAUCAAAUGUUAAGGGGGUGUUUUUAAAGUUCGACUCACUUGUCUUUUUGGAAAAGUUCACAAACCGUUUCAGAUUCAGUUAACACUUUGGUGUCAGCUGCACUUUGAAUGACAGAAUCGACCCUUACUGUUCACGGACACGACACAGUGGUUGCUCCGACUGUGUGGGCUCGCUGCAGUAUUUCUACCUCCACGUGAGUUGGGAUGAGAAUGUGCUUUGGUUUCAUAUAAAGCCUUAACCAGAGGAGCACUGAUGUAUAGGAUGUGUACACUACAUUUGUAAUGGUACUGUUUUAUAAGCCAAAACACGGUAAAUAGACUUGUUUUUGUAAAGAUGAACUGCCGUUGUUUGUUUUUUUACCAGCACAGCUAGAAGUGUUAAACUUAACAUCAAGAUGGGUGUUUCAGUUUUUUUUCCUCUUUUUUUGAUGUAUGCAAAAUGAUGUCUGGAACACACUAAGGUUAUCUACGGUGCACUGGGUUUUUUUGCCUGUUAACACUAACAAACUAUCCAGCUGACACUUUUUUGUUCUAUGUAAUAUUUUUUCGUUUUUUUUGGUACACGACUACCAGCAAUUUUUAUCUUGUAUUAUGUUGUGAAUCUUAUUUGACACUUUCACGCCCCCUCCUGACAGGAUCAUGUUUAACCAUGUAUGAUUUGACUCUGUACCAUGAAACUAAGAUUCAGUUUUAAGCAAGAUCAUCCAACAUUCACUGUGUGGUCGGCCAAACGUGUUUUUCUGUUUUAUGAGUUGUGUUUCUUUCCUGUCUGUGUAUUUUGGUUGGCCGUGCCUCAUCACUCCUUUGGUCAAGUCUGCUCAGUGAAUGAAAUCUGUGCCUUUAUGCUGUACCAAUAAAAUCACAUGGUGUUUGCAGAA